AUGGCGAUGAUGGUGAUGAUGGCGAUGGCAACAGCAGUGCUGAUGCAGACAGGGACGGUGACAGCAGUGGUGCCGGGGCUGCAGAUGGUCAUGGGGAUGGUGGUGCCGAUGGCGAUGGGGCUGCAGCCGGCAGUGGGGCCGGCAGUGGGGCCGGCAGUGGGGCCGGCGAUGCAGACGCGGACAGGGGAGGUGAUGGUGGUGCGGGGGCUGCAGAUGAUGGUGGCGGUGGAGGUGGUGGCGGUGCUGAUGAUGGCGAUGGAGCUGGUGGCGGCGGUGCUGAUGGUGAUGGCAGUGGCAGAGGGGGUGCAGAUGGUGAUGGCACCGGGGGUGCCAACGGCGCCGGUGGCCCUGGGCGUGGGUGCACCCUUAGUGGUCCUGCUGGACUUCGCCAAGGCGCAGGGAGAGCUGGGCUGGCUCACCCAGCCCUAUGGCAAAGGGUGGGACCUGCUGCAGAACGUGCUGAACGACUCCUUGAUCUACAUCUACUCGGUGUGCAACGUGCUGGAGGGUGAGCAGGAGAACUGGCUACGCACCAACUGGAUCUACCGCGGGGUGGCCCAACGCAUCUUCAUCGAGCUCCAAUUCACCGUCCGCGACUGCAACAGCUUCCCCACCGCCGGCGGCGGCUCCUGCAAGGAGACCUUCAACCUCUACUACGCCGAAUCCGACGUGGAUUACGGCACCAACUUCCAGAAGAGACAAUUCAAGAAGAUCGACACCAUCGCUCCGGAUGAAAUCACCGUUCAGGAUGAUUUUGCUUCCCGGAUCGUUAAACUCAACGUUGAGGUGCGAUCGGUGGGACCUCUCCGUCGGAAAGGUUUCUACUUGGCUUUCCAGGAUUUGGGAGCUUGCGUGGCAUUGCUUUCCGUUCGGAUUUAUUACAAGAGGUGCCCGGCUGUUUUACGGGGAAUGGCUCGCUUCCCCGAAACGGUGGCCGGCGUCGACUCGCAGACCUUGGCCGAGGUGCGGGGGACGUGCGUGGAGGAGGCGGUGGCCGACCAAGCUCCGGCGCUGCACUGCAACGCCGACGGCGAGUGGUUGGUGCCCAUCGGGGAGUGCCUGUGCCGGGCCGGCUACGAGAAAGUGGGAGAGAGAUGCCAAGCUUGUCCCCCCGGCUCCUUCAAGGCCACCGUGUCCCUGAGCAGCUGCCAGCCCUGCCCGCCCCACACCCUACCCUCCCCUGCCGCCGCCGCUGCCUGCCCCUGCCAGGAUGGCUUCUUCCGCGCCCCCGCCGACCCCCCCGCCGACCCCUGCACCCGUCCCCCCUCGCCCCCUCAGGGUGUCACGGCCGUGGGGCUGGGGGCCACGGUGCAGCUACGUUGGUCCCCCCCCGCCGACCCGGGUGGCCGUGGGGAUGUCACCUACAGCGUCACCUGCGAGCAGUGCUGGCCGGAGAGCGGGGAGUGCUGUCCCUGCGAUGGGGGGAUCCGCUAUUCGCAGCCCCCCCGGGGGUUGACGGGAACGGGGGUGACGGUCACCGACCUGGAGCCACAUGUCAACUACACCUUCACCGUCGAAGCCCGGAACGGAGUGUCGUCCUACAGCCACCACCGCAGCGUGGCCACCGCCACCAUCAGCGUCAACCAGACAGAGCCCCCCCGGGUGACAUCGGUGAGCCUGGAUGGACGGACGGCCACCAGCUUGGUCCUCUCCUGGACGGUGCCACCGCGGCAGCAGAGUCGGGUCUGGAAGUACGAGGUCACCUACAGCAAGAAGGUGGACGAGAACAGCUACUCGGUGCUGCGCUGCAAGGGCACCUCCGUCACCCUCCCCAAGCUGUCCCCUGCCACCGCCUACGUGGUGCGGGUCCAGGCGCUCACCCCGGACGGCCACGGCCCCUACAGCCCCCAGCACGAGUUCGAGACCCUGCCCGAAGGCGCCGAGGCCAUGGCAUCCACCGCCGUCAUCAGUGGCUCCGUCGCUGGUGUCUUCUUCGUCCUCCUCCUCUUGGCUGCUCUCCUCUACGUCCUCCGGCGGAGGAAGAGGUCACGGCCGCGCCAGUCCACCGAGGACGUCUACUUCUCCAAGUCAGACCAGCUGAAGCCCCUCAAGACCUACGUUGACCUACACACCUACGAAGACCCCAACCAAGCCAUGCUCAAGUUCACCACCGAGAUCCCUCCAUCCGCCAUCACCCGCCAGACGGUCAUCGGCGCCGGUGAAUUUGGGGAGGUCUACAAGGGCACCCUGAAGCGUGGUAAGAAGGAGGUGCCGGUGGCCAUCAAGACCUUGAAGGUGGGCUACACGGAGAAGCAACGGGUGGACUUCUUGAGCGAAGCCACCAUCAUGGGCCAGUUCUGCCACCACAACAUCAUCCGCCUGGAAGGGGUCGUCUCCAAGCACAAGCCCUUCAUGAUCAUCACGGAGUACAUGGAGAACGGCGCACUGGAUAAAUUCCUGCGGGAAAAAGAGGGGAAAUUUGGCGUCAUCCAGCUGGUGGGGAUGUUGAGGGGCAUCGCCGCCGGCAUGAAGUACUUGGCCAACAUGAAUUACGUCCACCGGGAUCUGGCCGCCCGCAACAUCUUGGUGAACAGCAACCUGGUGUGCAAAGUGUCCGAUUUUGGGCUUUCGAGGGUGUUGGAAGACGACCCUGAAGCCACCUACACCACCAGCGGCGGGAAGAUCCCCAUCCGGUGGACGGCACCCGAAGCCAUCUCCUACCGCAAGUUCACCUCCGCCAGCGACGUCUGGAGCUACGGCAUCGUCAUGUGGGAGGUGAUGUCCUACGGCGAGCGCCCGUACUGGGAGCUCUCAAACCACGAGGUGAUGAAGGCCAUCAACGAGGGCUUCCGCCUCCCCGCCCCCCUGGAUUGUCCCUCCGCCAUCUACCAGCUGAUGAUGCAAUGCUGGCAGCAGGAGCGCAGCCGGCGCCCCAAGUUCGCCGAUAUCGUCAGCAUCCUCGACAAGCUCAUCCGCGCCCCCGAGUCCCUCAAGGCGACGGCGGACUUCGACCCCCGGGUCUCCAUCCGCCUGCCCAGCAGCAGCGGCCCCGAGGGUGUCCCCUUCCGCUCCGUCCCCGAGUGGCUGGAGUCCAUCAGGAUGCCCCAGUACACUGAGCACUUCAUGGCCGCGGGCUACAGCACCAUCGAGCAGGUCCUGCAGAUGACCAGCGACGACAUCAAGAAAAUCGGGGUGCGCCUGCCGGGGCACCAGAAGCGCAUCGCCUACAGCCUUCUGGGGCUGCAGGAGCAGCUCGGCGCCGGGGGGGUCCCCAUUUAACCCCCCCGCACCCCCAAAAUACUUGAAAGCAACCAAAU